AUGUCUGAUUUUAUAACGAAAUUAGUUUCCAAGGCAGCCUCGAGCACGAUAGCUCAGCCAAACCCAGAAAGCACUCCAAUAUUCAAGAUUAUCUUCAAACCAGACAAUCGUGACAGUCACAUCACCUCCAUCCAUCUCGCACAUUCUCCAAAUCCAACUCCUUUGUUCAUUGUCCGGACUCAAUGGUUCCACAAGCCGAACACAAUUCUCUUUUGCAACGGCGCUGAAAUCGGUCACGCCACCUUCCCCAACUUUCGCCAUACCACCGUGAUCACCUACCAAGGCCAAUCAUUUCCGAUGAGAGUCAGCGGCUUGACAGGAUAUCAAUCAUUUGAUGCUCCCAUUCUUGGGAGGUUAAAGUGGCAACCUGCAAUCAUGGUCGGAAGCACAAUUGAGCUGAAAGAUUCAUAUGGUAAUAAGCUGGGCCGAUUCAAGCCGGCAGACAUUCCAGGCACGACCAAGGAAAAAAUGCUGGAACUAUAUUUUGCGACAGAUGAAUAUAAUCUAGGAUUAUUGGUUUUGACAGUGAUGGCAGCAGCGGCGCAAGUUCCCAAAGGAGACGCCGCGGGGGCUGUUGGUGAUGUUGUGAGUGCGGUAGCUAGCAUUUAG